CCGCCCGCGCCCGCGCCCCGGGCCGCGCACCAUGUGAGCGCCCGCGCCCGACGCCGAGGACCCCGGGACCAUGGGGGACGCCGCGGACCCGCGGGAGCUCAGAACGACGUUCAUUGUCCCCGCCAUCAAGCCCUUCGACCACUACGACUUCGCCCGGGCCAAGAUCGCCUGCAACCUGGCCUGGCUGGUGGCCAAGGCCUUCGGGACAGAAAAUGUGCCCGAGGACCUGCGAGAGCCGUUCUACACGGACCAGUACGACCAGGAGCACAUCAAGCCGCCCGUCGUCCGCCUGCUGCUCUCGGCUGAGCUGUACUGCCGGGCGGGGAGCCUCAUUCUCAAGAGCGAUGCUGCCAAACCGCUCCUGGGCCACGACGCCGUGAUCCAGGCGCUGGCGCAGAAGGGCCUUUACGUCACCGACCAGGAGAGGCUGGUGACCGAACGGGACCUCCAGAAGAAGCCCAUACAGAUGAGCGCCCACCUGGCGAUGGUCGACGCCCUGAUGAUGGCCUACACCGUGGAGAUGGUCAGCGUCGAGAAGGUGGUGGCGUGUGCGCAGCGGUACUCGGCCUUUUUUCAGGCCACCGACCUGCCCUAUGACAUCGAGGACGCUGUCAUGUACUGGAUCAACAAGGUAAAUGAACACUUGAAGGACAUAAUAGAGCAAGAGCAGAAAUUGAAAGAACAUCACCCUGUAGAAGCCCCGGGAGGUCAAAAGUCUCCUUCCAAAUGGUUUUGGAAACUGGUUCCUGCUCGUUACAGGAAAGAGCAGACGUUGCUGAAGCAGCCGCCCUGCAUCCCGUUGGUGGAGAACCUGCUGAAAGACGGCGCGGACGGCUGUGCCUUGGCCGCCCUCAUCCACUUCUACUGCCCUGGGGUGGUCAGGCUGGAGGAUGUCUGUCUGAAGGAAACCAUGUCGUUGGCCGACAGCCUGUACAACCUGCAGCUGGUGCAGCGGUUCUGCCGGGAGCACCUGGCGCAGUGCUGCCACUUCGCCCUGGAGGACAUGCUCUACGCCGCCGCCUCCAUCAAGAGCAACUACCUGGUGUUCCUGGCGGAGCUCUUCUGGUGGUUCGAGGUCGUGAGGCCGUCCUUCGUGCAGCCCCGCGUCGCCGGCCCCCGAGGAGCCGACCCCGCGCCCGACCCGCCCGCAGCCCCCCGAGGGAGCCCCACGGACGGCUCCGCCAGGGGCGACGGGGCCACGUCUCCACGCUGCCGCCUGCCCUCUGGACCGUCGCGCUCCCAAGCUCAUCCUUCAGCCUCAGGAGGAAUUAGAAGGUCUUCAUCUAUGUCUUAUGUUGAUGGCUUCAUAGGGACGUGGCCCAAAGAGAAAAGAUCAUCAGUGCAUGGAGUUUCAUUUGAUAUUUCCUUUGACAAAGAAAACACGGUCCCGAGACCCGCUCCCAACCAGGGGAUCACACGCUCGCUCAGUAACGAAGGGCUUUCUCUGAGCAACAGCCGUGCACCUAGAAGUAUCCGCAAACAGCCGCCCUUCAAGCGCGUGAAUGGAGAGGAGGCGGCAGAGAGCAUUGAGGAGGAGCUGAGUGUCGGCUCCCGCAGAGACCCCCAGGCCCAUGUGGCCCUAAGCGCGAACGAACUGAGUCCCAGUGAGAAGGCUCACUGCAAGCUCCCAAACGGGGCCCUGCAGAACAGAGCUCUCCUGGACGGGCUGGGCGGUCAGGUCGAGACCCCGAGCAUCGAGGAGGCGCUGCAGAUCAUCCACGACACUGAGCAGGCGCCGCACACGCCCCAGACCGAGCAGGUGGCCAACGGCUUCUUCCUCCACGGCCAGGAGGUGGGCGCCCUCCACGCGGACCUGCAGCUGCGGCAGCCGAGCCCCGACCCCAUCACGGACGCCCGAGGUGCCUUGAGCCCCGUCACGGACGACACAGAGGUGGACACUGGCAUCCACGUCCCUUCCGAGGACGUCCCCGAGACCGCGGAUGAAGAGUCGUCCUUGCGAGACUACACCGUCAGCCUGGACUCCGACAUGGACGACACGUCAAAGUUCCUCCAGGAUUACGAACUGCGCCCUGGCAGCGCCCGCGAGGCCCUGAGUCCCUGUCCCAGCACCGUGAGCACCAGGUCUCAGCCGGGGAGCAGCGCCUCCUCCAGCUCCGGGGUCAAGAUGACCAGCUUCGCGGAACAGAAGUUCCGGAAGCUGAAUCACACAGACGGGAAGAGCAGCGGGAGCAGCUCCCAGAAGACGACCCCGGAGGGCUCGGAGCUGAGCAUCCCGCACGUGGUCGCCUGGGCCCGCAGCCCGGAGGGAGCGGCGCCCCCGCAGCCGCGGGACAGCGCGCAGCUGCUGGCCUCCGAGAUGCUGCAGCUGCGGAUGAGGCUGGAGGAGAAGCGGCGCGCCAUCGAGGCCCAGAAGAAGAAGGUGGAGGCCGCCUUCACCAGGCAGCGGCAGAAGAUGGGGCGGACGGCCUUCCUCACCGUGGUGAAGAAGCGGGCGGACGGGGCGGCCCCGCUGCGCGAGGAGGCGGCCGGGGCGGAGGACGCGAAGGUGUACGGCGACCCCGCGCGGGAGCCACCGCCAGCCGGCGGGCAGCGGAGCAAGUCGCUGGCGGACAUCAAGGAGAGCGCGGAGAGCGCCCCCGCCCGCUGGCCCAAGUCGCCCACGACGCCGGUGGACCCCGAGAAGCAGUGGGGCCUGGCGAGCCCCUCGGAGGAGACGGCGAACGAGGGGGAGAUGCUGGAGUAUACCCGCUCCAUCGAGAAGCUGAACUCGUCCCUGCACUUCCUGCAGCAGGAGAUGCAGCGCCUGUCGCUGCAGCAGGAGGUGCUGAUGCAGAUGCGGGAGCGGCAGGCCUGGGUCAUCUCCCCGCCCCAGCCCUCCCCGCACAAGCAGGGCCGGGAUCCCAGGCCCGCCAGGCAGGCCGGGCCGACCCCGGCCGGCGCCCCCUUCUCUGAGCCCCCGCGCCCCUCCCACCCGUCUCCGCAGUCUUCUCACAGGAAGGGCCCGUCCUCCUCCGCUAAGAACCAAAGGACUCCCCGGCCCAACGAGCUGAAGAUCCCCCCCCUGACCCGCACGCUGGCGCCCCCGCGGUCGGUGGACAGCCUCCCUCGGCUGCGGAGGUUCUCGCCCAGUCAGGUGCCCAUUCAGACGCGCUCGUUCGUGUGCUUUGGGGACGACGGGGAGCCACAGCUGAAGGAGCCCAAGCCCAGGGAGGAGGCGAGGCCGGAGGACCUGGACCCCAAGGAGGCCCCGGAGCAGCAUGUGCCUCGCCCGGAAGACGAGGAGAUGAGGCCUCUGGAGUCCACCGUCUCGGAGGUCCUGUCCCAGCCCAUCACGGAGACCGUGCGCCUGACCCCGAACGAGGACCCGCUGGGCGCACCCGCGGGAGCCCCGCCCCGGCCUGCCUUCCCGCCCGCUGCCCCCAAGAACGUCAGCCUCAUCGAAGUGUCCCUCUCGGACCUGAAGCCCCCUGUGCAGGCCGACGCGCCCGCCGACAAGGAGGACGGGGAGAGCGAUGAGCAGCAGCUCGAGGAUGACCAGAAGGUCUGCUGCGGGUUCUUCUUCAAGGAUGACGAAAAGGCAGAAAACGACAUGGCGCUGAAGCGAGCAGCCUUGCUGGAGAAGCGGCUGCGGCGGGAGAAGGAGACCCAGCUGCGGAGGCAGCAGCUGGAAGCGGAGCUGGAGCACAGGAAGGAGGAGACCAGGCGGAAGACGGAGGAGGAGCGCCAGAGGAAGGAGGACGAGCGGGCGCGCCGCGAGUUCAUCCGGCAGGAGUACCUGCGGCGCAAGCAGCUGAAGCUCAUGGAGGACAUGGACUCGGUGCUCAAGCCGCGGGCCCCGGCCGCCAAGCAGAAGAAGCCGCGCCCCAAGUCCGUCCAUAGAGACCACAUGGAGUCCCCCAAAACGCCCACCCAGGGCCCCCCAGUCUCCAGCCUCUCCCUGGCGUCGCUGACCAUGGGCGACAACGAGAGUGUGCACUCGGGCAAGAGGACGCCCAGAUCAGAGUCUGUGGAAGGCUUUCUAUCCCCCAGUCGCUGCGGCAGCCGGAACGGAGAGAAGGACUGGGAGAACGCGUCCACCACGUCGUCCGUGGCUUCGGGAACAGAGUACACAGGACCAAAGCUGUAUAAGGAGCCCAGCGCCAAGUCCAACAAGCACAUCAUCCAGAACGCGCUGGCGCACUGCUGCCUGGCCGGGAAGGUGAACGAAGGCCAGAAGAAGAGGAUCCUGGAGGAAAUGGAGAAGGCAGACACUAACAACUUCCUGAUCCUCUUCCGGGACUCGGGCUGUCAGUUCAGGUCUCUGUACACGUACUGCCCAGAGACGGAGGACAUCGCCAAGCUGACCGGCAUCGGCCCCAAGUCGAUCACUAAGAAGAUGAUCGAGGGGCUCUACAAGUACAACUCCGACAGGAAGCAGUUCAGCCACAUCCCUGCCAAGACCUUGUCUGCCAGCGUCGACGCCAUCACCAUCCACAGCCACCUGUGGCAGACCAAGCGACCCGUGACGCCCAAGAAGCUCCUGCCCACGAAGGCGUAG